AUGGAUUCUUCUUUGUCUUCUUUGCCUUUACUUCGUUCUCCUUCGUCCUCAGUUUGUUUGAAUGAUCAGGCCCCAUCUGAUUUGGGGUCCAGCCGCAGCAUUUGGGGCUUUGUUUCUAAGAGCAGCGAAACCUUAGAAGAAGAUAAACUGUCUCCUUCUAAGGAGACACUCUCUCUGCACAGCUUAUUAACAGGGAUCAAGCGAGGCAGCAGCAGCAGCAGCUGCAGCAGCAGCAGCAGCAGCAGAGGGUUGGAUCUGUCUGUGCCUUAUAGAAGGAGCCUCUCUUCCCUCCGCUCGAUCCUUUCUCAAGGCAGCUAUGCAGACUACCAGCAUCAGCAGGAACAGCAGCAGCAGCAGCAGCAGCAGCAGCAGCAGCAGCAGCAGCAGCAAGAAGAUGGCUUGCCAACGUUUGCUGCUGAGCAUUCAGAUCAAGAGGACCCCCCCACAGAAAGAGAAGACCUAGGGUCUCUAACCCCAGAGAGAGCGAGGGCCCCCUCUUCACCUUAUUCUGCAGCUAGCUGUCUAGCUAGCCAGCGAGCUAGCCAACCUUCUGGGGCCCCUGCAGCAGCAGCAGCAGCAGGUGCUGUUGCUGCUGCUUCUGCUGCUUCGCAGAGACAGGGAACCUGGGGAGAGACAGCAGCAAGGUGGGGCCCCCAGCAGCAAGAGGGGCCCCUGCUGCUGCAUCUCAAUGGCAGCAGCACAACUGAGGGGGCCCCCCUGGGGCCCCCUCCAGCAGAAUGCGCACUUAUAAUGCAGCAGCACGAUCCCGUCGAUCCCAGCAGCAGCAGCAGCAGCAGCAGCAGUGCAGCAGCAGCAGCAGAACCCCUGAAUCCUUCAGGCAUUACCAAUGCAUGCAGCAGCGGCGAUGUGGGGGCCCCCUGGGGCCCCUCCUUUAGCUGCAACAGCAUUGCGGAGCAGGGACUAUCUGCAGCAGAGACAGAGAGCAACACAGCAGCAGGUGUCUCCUCAGCCUCCACUCAGCUGGAUAGAGGCAGCAGCAGCAGCAGCAACAAUAACGCAAUCAGCCGCAGCAGCAAGGCGCUCUAUCCUAGGCGAAACAGCAGCAGCAACAACAAUAGCAGCAGCAGCAGCAGCAGCACUAGCAGCAGCAGCGUUGCUCCUAUGGAAUACAACAGCAGAGGCAGCAGCGCCAAGCGACUCAGCCGCAGCUGCUGCGGCAUCAGCAGCAGCAGCAGCAGCAGCAGCAGCAGCAGCACAUAUCAAUGCGUGCCUCUUUCUCCUAGCCCUGGGAUCGUCUCCUCCAGUGUCGAUCCCGCCAUCCGCUGCGCCAAGUUCAGAAACACCAAAACCGCUGACUACGCUGCAAUUGUACGGGGCAUAACUGACGGGCUUGUCUCUUCUCUUCGCGGGCUGCAAGGUCCUCCACAUGACAACAAGAGGCUUUCUCCUGCUGCCGAACGGAACAGCAGCAGCACCAGCAGCACCAGCAGCAGCACCAGCAGCACCAGCAGCACCAGCAGCAACAGCAGCAGCAGAAUGUCUCCCACCUCAACGGAGGGCCCUCCCUCCGGGCCUAAACCCUCAAGAAGCCCUAAACCCUCCAAGACCCCUAAACCCUCAACAAACCCUAAACCCUCAACAAACCCUAAACCCUCAAGGGGGACCCACUGCAGCACAGGGGCCCUUGGAGACUCCUUGCAAAGAAGGAGACAGUUGUAUGAAGCGGAGACAGAGGGCUGCCUCGCCGAGAGAGAAGAAGCUGUUUGCUCCCAGUCCCUAUCAGAAGACCUCGAGUUAAUGGGUGGGGCAGCUGAAACCCUCUACUGUCUCCUAGCCAAGUAUAGAGGGGCCCUUAGGGGGCCCGUACAGGGGCCUUUAGGGGGGCCCCCCGGGGGGCCCCUGGGGGGCCCCCUGGGGGAAGGGCCUCCAGGCAGAGCAGCAGCGCCUGCUGCUGCUCGCAGGGGGCGCCGCUGGGGUCCUCCCCUGGGGGCCCCCGUACCCAUGGGGGCCCACGUACCCAGGGGGGCCCCCGUACUCAGGGGGGCCCCCAAACGACUGAAGAAGAGCUGCAUUCGUUCAGCCUCCGCAGGAGACGCCAGACACCAAUUCAGCAGCAGCAGCAGCAGCAGCAUCAACAGCAGCAGCAGCAGCAUCAGGGGGCUCUAUAAUACCCCACAGAAUUUGGAGCACUCAUCAUCGUGUUGGGAUCGAUCGCUCCCCUUCUUGCAGCAGCAGCAGCAGCAGCAGCUGAGGCAGCACCGUCUCCCACAGCAGCAGCAGCAAAACCCGCAUAUCCAGCAACAGCAGCUCUCAGCAUUCCUUCUGCAGCAACAGCAACCAAUAAGACAGCAGCAGCAGCAGACACAGCAGCAGCAGCAGCAACAGCAGCAACAGCAGCAGCUCCAAGAGGCCUUUUUAGGGGGCCAGCAGCAAACAGCUGCACGCAAGAGCAACCGCCGCCGGCACGGAGCAGCCGCAGCAGGAGCAGCAGCAGCAGCAGCAUCUCCCAGCCGCCCCCCUAGUGUCUCCUUGCCUCCUGACUCUACUUCAGGGGCCCCCAGGGGGCCCCAAUCUCAGCUAUCAACGCCAUCGUACAGAAGCUUUAGAGAGGGGGCCCCCCCGCAAUCUUCUUCACCAACAGAGGGGGCCCCUGAGGGGCCCCCAGGUCUGUACAGUGCCUCUUCUCGCCGCCGCAGGAGCAGCAGCAGCAGCAGCAGCAGCAGAAGCAGCAGCAGAAGUGGGAGGCCUAAAAGCAGCAGCAAAGGAGCGAGCUUACGGGUCUACAAAAGAAGGGGGGCCCCCACAACCCCCUCGGAGACCCCUUUGGGGGCCCCCCAUGGGGGCCCCCCUGGGGGCCCCUCUAGGGGCCCCACAGGGGAACUACCUGGGGCCGUCAGUGAAAGGGGACCCUCUCUGUUAGAUUUGCCUCUAAAGGAGACACCAACUGAGGUGUCUGUGGAGACACUUCAAGCAGAGUCUUCCCUCUUCUCCCGUAGCAGCAGCAGCAGCAGUAGUAGCAGCAGCAGCAGCUGCAUGCUGCAGAGGCAGCAGGGGCCCCACAACCCUCCUGGGGCCCCCAAAGAAGGCUCCAUUACCUGGAGAGGGCCCCCCCCUACCCUGCUGCCAGCUACAUAUACACCCCGAGGUGUAUCUGCAUCUAACCCCACAUCCAAUAGGGGGGCCCCCCCUAUUAGGGGGCCCCCUCAACCCUGGGGACCCCCCUCUAAGUUCGCGUUAGGGUCGGGGGCCCCCCCUUCAGGGUUUAUCUUAGGGGGCCCCCCAGCAGGGGGUUCUCUCGCAGCAACAGCAGCAACAGCAACGGCAGCAACAGCAGCAGCAACAGCAGCAGCAGCAGCAGCAGCAGCAGCAGCAGCAAAUAACCCCUUUGCAGGAAUGGGGCCCCCUGAACGACUCAAAGAGCCGACACAGCAUGGGGGCCUCCCUCGUUUUCCUCCUCUGUCUCUUCACCGCUGCUUCUAUGCUGAGGGGCCCCCAACAGCAGGAGAUGCAGACACCAGAGAUGCAGAGCAGUCAACACUGCAGCAGCAGCAGCAGCAGCAGCAGCAGCAGCAGCAGCAGCAGAAGCAGCAGCAGGAGAGGGAGGCGUCGGCAGGUGCUUCUGUAGCGGAAACUUCAUGUGCUGCAGCAGCAGCAACUGCAGCACCACCAACAACAACAACAGCAGCAGCAACAGCAGCAGCACCAACAGCAGCAGCAGCAGCAGCAGCAGCAGCAGCAGCCAAUCCCCUUGAAAGUGCUGCGGGUCUCCAUAGGGCAUCUUCUUCCUGCAGUAGCAGCAGCAGCAGCAGCACUUUGCUGUGGGGCCCCACAUCCAGUUGCUUAGAAGACACCCCCCAAGAGAAGCUCAAAACAAUGCCUCUCUUUAGCAGCAGCAGCAGCAACCGCAGCAGCAGCAGCAGCAACAGCAGCAGCAGCAGCAGAAGAAUAGUCAUGGAGGCUCCAAGCAUUUCACAGACAUUUCGAUGGGGGGACGGCUUAGGGGCCCCCAGGGGCCCCGGGGCCCCCCCUCCUUGCAGCAAUAAAGCUGCAGUGCUGCAUGCGCUGCAGUGGGGGCCGCGACAGCGAGCGGAAGUGCUAGCAGCAUUUGAGACAGAGUGGAGGACAUUGAAUAAAUUUGUAUUGGCGUUGAAACCCCACAACGAAGGAGACAGCAGGAAGCAGCAAAAAGGAGACAGAGAGACAUACCCAAAUGACGCUCAAUCUGCUGCACAAACAGCAACGCAGCAGCAGCAGCAGCAACAACAGCAGCAGCAGCAGCAGCAAGUACAGAACGCCUGGAGCCUUGGAGCUAUCUACGCACUCUGCGGCGAACAAUACCUACUACAGCAACAGCAGCAGCAGCAACAGCAGCAGCAGCAGCAGCAGCAACAACAGCAACAGCAACACCAGCAACACCAGCAACACCAACAACAGCAGCAGCAGCCGCAACAACAACAGCAGCAACAGCAGCAGCAGCAACAGCAGCAGCAGCAACAGCAGCAGCAGCAGCAGAUAAUGCUAGAGAGCCUAUGA